UCUCUCUCUCUCUCUCUCUCUCUCACACCCAGCACCCACCGCUCCCAUCUCUCCUCCUCUCUUCCUCUCUCUCUCUAGAAAUCCUUCGUCAAGCAAACGUCUCACCCACAAUUUUUUUUUUUAUAUUUAAAUCCCCCGAAAUUCUCUCCUUUGCCUCUUCCUGUUCUAAUUUUAUUUUAUUUAUUAGAAUUCGAAGCUUCCACUCUCUCCUUCUAUCACUUCAAAAACCACUCUUGCUGUCUCUUGGAUGGCAUUUUCGUAAUUAAUGGCGGCGAGUUCUAGUGGUUUUACGGCUCACCUCGGUUUCAAGCUCAGCCGAUUCAGCAGUUCUCCGUUCCACGCUUAUAGCCAUGGGUUGGAGUCGAGGAAGAAGAAGCGGAGGGGGAGGUUGUUCCUCGACGGUAACGGAGUUCGGGUGAGUCGAAUUAGUUGCUGCUGCUCUGACUCAGUGGUUCGGAGAGCGUCCGGGUCGGGUAAUAGUGUUGAGAAACCUGAGGAGAAACGCUCUCAUAGAAGUCGAUUCCAAGCCAUUCCUGCAUUGCCUUUUCCUUCUCACCAGUCUCGGUUUGGUACGAAACAAGAGAAGUUUUAUCCGAGAUGUACGCCGAGAAACACCGGUCCACAGUCGCGAGAUACGCCGCCGAAGCGAGAUACUGGCAUUGCAAAUGAGAAAGAUAUGGGCAUCAACUUGUUAAAGGAAAAUGUUAGUGAGACUGGGACUAAUGAAGAUGGAAGUACUUGGUUUCGAGAAAGUGGAGAGGAUCUUGGCGCAAAUGGGUAUAGAUGUAGAUGGACGAAGAUGGGUGGUCGAUCACAUGAUGAUUCCACCCAAUGGGAAGAAACGUGGUGGGAGAAAAGUGACUGGACAGGAUACAAAGAGCUAGGUGUGGAGAAAUCUGGAAGAAAUGCUGAAGGGGAUUCGUGGUGGGAAACAUGGCAAGAGAUGCUCCAUCAAGAUGAAUGGAGUAAUCUUGCAAGAAUAGAGAGGAGUGCACAGAAACAAGCAAAAUCGGGCACUGAAAAUGCUGGAUGGUAUGAGAAAUGGUGGGAGAAAUAUGAUGCUAAAGGCUGGACUGAGAAAGGGGCAAAUAAGUAUGGAAGAUUGAAUGAGCAGUCAUGGUGGGAGAAGUGGGGAGAGCAUUACGAUGGAAGAGGCUCUGUUACAAAAUGGACAGAUAAAUGGGCCGAGACUGAAUUGGGAACCAAAUGGGGAGACAAGUGGGAAGAAAAGUUCUUUGCUGGCAUAGGUUCACGCCAUGGAGAGACAUGGCAUGUUUCUCCAAUUGGUGGACGUUGGUCAAGGACGUGGGGAGAGGAACAUUUUGGAAACGGGAAAGUUCACAAAUACGGAAAAAGCACGACAAGUGAAAGCUGGGAUAUCGUUGUGGACGAAGAAACCUAUUAUGAGGCUGAACCUCAUUAUGGAUGGGCUGAUGUCGUGGGUGAUUCAAGCCAGUUAUUAUCAAUCGAACCCCGGGAAAGGCCACCAGGUGUCUACCCAAAUCUCGACUUCGGGCCAUCUCCUCCACCUCCAGUCGAUGACUUGCCAGGCUCGCCUCUCCCUCCCUCACAAUGAAGACCUGAUUUUCAGGUUCCUUAUUUUGUUCUAGGUGUUUUCAUAUUUAUCUCAUCUGAAUCCAAUCAAUCAUAUUUGUUUAAAACGUCCCACGAAAGAGUAUUGUGAAUUAGUGCUUUUCAUUUAUUCAUUCUUUGGAUGACAAAUGCAUCCUGGGUUUUGGGCACUCUCUAUUUGUCUAAAUAUUGGAUGUUAUAUCAUUUUCCUAGAAUAGGGUGGGAAAUUUUAGGGAGUGAUUAGUAGUAUUUUAUUUCUAUUCUCUUUGUAUCUAUUUUUUGUUUUUUAGAGUAUGAUGUCAUCAUUGGUUACUCUCUCGACUAUGGAUGCAAGAUGUUAUUCAGUCCCUGGUUUCUUUAGAUUUUAUAAGUUAAUCCUUGUUUUUUAGAUGUUA